AUGAAGGCGGAAAGUGCGAAAAUCAACGACUCCAUGCAUGCACUUGAUGUUAAAAGAAGAGACAUUGACGAUGAAAUGAAAUCUCUUCGUAAGGAAGUGCAAGAAAAGAAGCAGGAGCUAACUGAUAAAGUGGACGGCUUAUUAGUAACUGGGGUCCGAAAUCUUACUGGAAAUGUUCAAGAAAUGUCAACAAUUGUGCAAUCACUUGUAACACAAACCUCGAAAGAACUGGAUAUCCUGAAAGACAUGGUGUUCAAGACCGUUCUAACCAACGAAGGUGGAGGCUAUGAUUCUAAUACCGGACGAUUCACGGCGUCCGUAGCUGGAGUGUUCAUGUUCACGGUGCAGUACUGUUCCUAUACGAGCAAAUGGGCUUUCCCUGAAAUUGUCCAUGAGGGAAGACCAUUACAGAGAUCAGGGCACUUUGAGACUGCCGAAGCGGUAUGUGCCAGCAUGCAGGCCUUUGCUAAGGUUGCCAUAAGAGACAAGGUCUGGGUGCGUGCAUGUAGUGCGUAUUCAACAAGCGACAUCUACAGCGAAGAAAUUCGUAGAUGGAACAGCUUUGCUGGGUUACUGAUCCGUGUGUAA